CAGGACAAGCAAUAUCUCACACAACGCCUCGAUUUACCGGAUACCCAAUGCGUUGACCCUGGCCAGGACGUGUGGACUUCUGACUCAGCAGCGGUAACCGCUAACUUCUACUCCCGCGGGGUCGCCGUCCUCCCUUGGCUGCAGCAUUCAUCAUUCCUCUUCUAAAUCGAUUAUGAGCACCGAGCCCGACAAGUACGACUUGCAAGGUUGCGCCCAGCUGCAGCAGGAAGAAUGGGAGAUACUCGAGUCUAUUCAUCCAGACUGCUUAUCAAGAGACUCGUCUAGUGGCUUCAUCAGACUUGAAGUGCCUGUAGAACUUGCGGAGUCGACCUGCGUCACAAUACAGACCGGCCAGGUAGACCCGGAGUCGUCAUAUCACCCCGGACCAAGCUGCCCCAAGGCCCUGUCGCUCGCCUCCCUUCCUCCGAUACUACUGGAUAUCUCUUUACCACCGACCUACCCAUACACGCCACCACAGAUACAGACAAUACGGGCCACCUACUCUUGGCUACGGUUCGAUGACUCCGAGCUCCGCGAUUACUUAGGAAGGAAAUGGGAAAAGGGUGAAGGGGUACUCUACACUUGGGUAGAAUGCAUACGUAGCGGGCAGUUUCUAGACGAGCUGCAAUUGACCCAGGCGGAGAAUGGGCGGCGGACCAUCCGCAUUCAUCAUCCUAUGCCGGGCCUCAUCAAACCCGUGCUCGAGAGCUACAAUGCAUCUACUCAGGCGGCGAGGUUCUCGCAGAACUCGUAUGAGUGCGAAGUCUGUCUCACAUCGAUCAAGGGGGCACGGUGUGUAAUGCUCCUCUGCGGGCACGUCUUUUGCCGAUCGUGUCUCGAGGAUUUCUGGAAAUUAUGCAUCAAGGAGGGCGAUGUAGGGAGGGUAGGCUGCCCAGAUCCCGGCUGCGUCAAGGAGCAAAGGGAGGCAAACGAAGAGGAGGUGCGGCGUGUGGUCACCGAAGAGGAAGUCCUCCGUUGGAAGUGGCUACGCGCGAAACGAGCCGUCGAGAAGGAUCCGACGGUAGUGCAUUGUCCUAUGGCGCAGUGCCAAACUCCAGUCCCGCGGGCUCCCAAUGUAGAAGAGGGUUCGCCGUACGAGCGUUUACGAACAUGUCCGGAGUGUGGCUUUUCAUUCUGUGCAUACUGUAAACAUGCAUGGCAUGGCCCGGUCGCUACGUGCCCCAUCUCGGCCACUAAAGCGAUUCUGACGGAGUAUAUGGCUCUACCUGAGGGGUCUGCCGAACGCAAGCAACUGGAGACACUCUAUGGACGGGUGGCGUUACAGAAGCUUGUGGAUCAGUACGAGCAUGAAAAGAAGUUCCGCGAGUGGCUCGCGCAGCGCAUGGGGACGCCCUGUCCAGGAUGCGAUUUGCCUGUCGAAAAAGCCUCGGGGUGCAAUCACAUGACGUGUGUUAGGUGUCAGCAGCACUAUUGCUAUCGGUGCGGAGCAAAACUGGACAAGAUUCACCCGUACAAGCAUUUCUCGACGCCUGGGAUCAGGUGUUUCCAGAGGCUGUUCGACGAACACAUCGAUAUCGACGAAUGGCAGCCAGUAGAGGGCUUUAAUGUGAUAUGACGCUUGUAAAAUAAUGCAAUGGAAUGGGGACUCGAU